UUAUAACUUUUUUUUAUUCAUAUAAGCUUUUUAAUUUGUUCGCAACUUAUAUGAGCAAACCAUAAACAAAUAUAAUAGAGCAGACUUUAGAAUGAAAAAAAGUAAGGCGUCUCUUGAGUGAGAUAGCAGGCAGGAGUUGUAAUUGGAGAGAGAAUAUGGAAGAUGGAAACGGUUGGUUGAUUGGAGAGGCGUGGGUAACUGCUGAAUUUAGAGAUGGAAAUAGAUGGAAUUGGACGGAGAACGGCGACGGACUGAAGAACACCGACAAGGAUCCGGCGAUAGCGGGCGAGGAAACCACUACCGAUCAGAAGGGUUCACAAAAUCCAAAAACUCCAGCCUCAAUGGGUCUUCUAGUUUAGGAGAAGAGAUAUUCACAAAAAAGCAAAGGAUAAUUUGCACUUAGAGGUGUAUGAAGCUGUUGUUAGCAAUGGAGGCAGGUCUGGAGAAAUCUUAAUUGUGGCACAUUUAGUGCUAUUAAUACAUAAUCUCAGUUGUGAUUAUAGGUGCAUGGUUGAAGAACAUGUUAUGGAUGCACCAUACUAUCUUGGAUAGGUAAGGUCUAGCCAAAGACUAAAAAGAAGGGUGUCUACUGUGGAGACAAACCCGGACAAAAUUUAGUUUUUGCACCUUUUUGUUUUUGCUUUUGCUUUUCAUUUCGAAUAAUCCCCCCUCCACUUCUCUCUUGGCUUGACUCUGUGCUAUUCAUAGUUA